AGUCAGUGAGUCAGUGAGUCACCUUCUAAGAAGUUGAUUUUUUAACCCUGUGUUUUCUCCAGUGUCAAAGCCAGAAUCUUCAGACCCUCGUCAACCUUCUCACAGUCUCCCUCCCACCACCACCUCCUCGUCUCCAGCUUACUCCAUGUCUGUCAUCGUCAUCAUCCUGACCGCCAUCGCAGCGGCAGUUUUCCUCCUCAUCAGCAUCCUGGCCUGCCGCAGACACAGGAAGCAGUGGAGGAACCGAAAGAGGGAGAUGGAGACCCCGACCCUGAGUGCACUUCCAUCUGAGCUCCUCCUGGACCGACUUCACCCCAACCCCAUGUACCAGAGGGUUCCUCUGCUGCUGAACUCAAAGCUGCUGGCCCUGGAGUACCCACGGAACAACAUCCAGUACGUCAGGGACAUCGGAGAAGGAGCGUUUGGACGAGUUUUCCAGGCCAGGUGA